AUGGGUUUACUCAAUCUGUUUUCUUUUGCCUCACUGGCGCUCUCGAUUUCUACUGGCGUACAAGCUGUCUCAUGGACAGCUACCCCAUUUAACCCUGCUUCCGUUCCCCUUGCUGUCCGUUCACCUUAUGUGUCUGCUUGGCUUCCUCAGGGUGCGGGGACCGCCCUGAACGCAGCUUGGCCGACAUUCUGGACUGGUACCAACGUUGGAUGGGCCGGAUAUGUCCGCAUUGAUGGCACAACCUACAAUUUCCUUGGCUUGCCAAUAGUGGCUGGCGCUACGGCGGCCACACAGAAGAGCCUUGACAUCACGUCCACUCAAAGUACAUUUGUUAUGACUGCGGGCCCAAUUGAUUUGACGGCCAACUUCUUCAGCCCUGUUGAGCCAACUGAUCUCGUAAAACAAUCGACUCCUUUCUCCUACCUGACACUAUCGGCCGUUUCGAAUGAUGGUAACUCUCACACCGUGAGCGUUUACACAGAUAUCAGCGCCGAAUGGGUCGCGAGUGACGACACCCUUACCGUCAACUGGACUAGCACAACUACUGGCAAUGUUCUCACCCACCAAGUCCAACUUGAGAAUCAACAACUCUAUACCGAAGUCUCGGACCGUAUUCAACAGGGUUCUGUCUACUACUCCACGGAUAAUACUGCUUCGGCGACCUACCAAACUGGUCAAGAUGCCGUUGUUCGUGCGCAAUUUAUCAAUAACGGCGUGCUUGCCAACACUCUCGACACAAAUUUCCGCGCCAUCAACGACGACUGGCCUGUAUUUGCCUUCGCUCACGAUCUGGGAACUGUCGGAACUACCGCAAGUACCCCCGUAGUCUUCUCCGUUGGUCAAGCCAGGGACCCUGCUGUUGAAUAUAUUAUCGCGAACAACCAGCUUCAAGCCAGGAGUCUCUACUUCUGGAGUAAUUACGCCAGUGUCGCCGAUGCAAUCGCAUUCUUCCAUUCGGACUACACUGCUGCUUUGGGAAGAGCUCAAGCCUUCGACUCUCAGCUCCAGAGUGAUGCAUCUGCUAUCUCAACUGAUUAUGCUGGCCUGGUUGCAAUGUCUGUCAGGCAAGCAUUUGGCGCAACCGAGAUCACUAUAUCCAAGAACAGCGACGGCUCCUGGAACACUGCUGACGUCUUGAUGUUCCUCAAAGAAAUAUCUAGCGAUGGAAACGUCAACACCGUCGACGUUAUCUUCCCUGCUUGGCCCAUCUUAUUAUACACCAACCCAGCUCUGGGCAAGUAUCUCAUACUCGGCCUUUUCGAGUACCAGGCAACCGGACAAUACCCUAACAAAUGGGCCUGCCAUGACCUUGGAUCCGCCUACCCCCAGGCCCUCGGUCACAAUGACGGAAAGGAUGAGACUAUGCCUCUUGAAGAGAGCGGCAACAUGCUUAUCAUGGCCUUGAGCUAUACUCAGAAGUCCAACGAUACCUCGCUCAUCACUACCUACUCUAGUCUCCUCGACCAAUGGACUCAAUAUCUCAUUGCUGAAGCACUUAUCCCCGCGAAUCAGAUCAGCACGGAUGACUUUGCUGGCUCGCUUGCCAAUCAGACUAACCUUGCUAUCAAGGGUAUUGUCGGUAUCAAAGCAAUGUCCGUCAUUGCUGGCAUGCUCGGAGACACUCAGAAAGAAUCCAACUACAGUUCUAUUGCAGCCAGUUAUGUGACUCAGUGGCAAACUUUCGCUACGGCCAGUGAUGGAUCACAUUUGACUUUGUCGUAUGGCGACGAUUCUAGCUGGGGUCUCUCAUACAACUUGUACGCAGACAAGUUAUUGGGAACCAAUGUUUUCCCUCAGUCGGUUUAUGACAUGCAGACUGCAUGGUACAAGACCGUUACCAACACAUACGGUGUGCCAUUAGACACCCGACACACUUACACGAAGAGUGAUUGGCAGUCGUGGACUGCCGCUAUCGUGACUGAUGAUACCAUGCGGGACACGUUCAUCUCAUCUGUCGUCAAGUACAUUGGUAACGGCGAGAACAGUGUUCCCUUGAGCGACUGGUACGACAGUGUCUCUGGAGAUAUCAGUGGUGGUUUCCAGAAUCGCCCUGUCGUUGGCGGUCAUCUAGCUUUGUUGGCCCUUUGAGAUAAAAACGGGUCAUUAUGAGGUGACGUCAUCUGGUUUCGAUCGAAACUCCUCGAUCGAAACCGAAUGCUACGAAUUUUGGAACAAUUAUUUAAAACCCGAUGUACUGUAACGACAUUCUGUAGAAUCUUGCAUGUUUCUUUCCUUU